CUUUCUGACCAACUUGUCGUUUGCAUCGUGGUUCUUCUUCAUUGCCAUGAUCGCGCCCGACUUGCACGUUGCCAAGCCGGUGGCGAUGUUGUCGAUCUUGUUCUACAUCUUGUUUGCGGGCUUUGUCAUCUCGCCCUCGAUCAUGCCCGACUACUUUAUCUGGAUCUACUGGAUCAACCCGCUCAGCUGGUGCUUGCGUGCCCUCUCGAUCAACCAGUACUCGUCGGGCGAGUUCCAAGUGCCGAUCUACAAGGGCGUCAACUACAUGAAGCUCAAGGGCGACACCAUGGGCAACGUCAUGCUCAAGACGUUUGGUCUCCAGACGGACACGAUCUGGAUCUGGUAUGGCGCCAUUUACCUCGCCGCCAUCUAUGUCCUCUUCCUCGGCCUCGCGUACCUCGCGCUCGAGUACAAGCGCUACGACGCGCCCGAGAACGUCUCGGUGACGGUCGAAGCAGAGGAUGAAGAAGAUGCCGGUGACGGGUACGUCAAAGCGCCCAAGACACCGACAGACAUUGGCAAUGUGACCGAUGACGUUGCCGUACAUGUCGCCGGCUCAAGUUCGUUGUCGCCCUCCGUCGUCAUGGCCUUUAAGGACCUCUGGUACUCGGUGCCCAACCCGACCAAGGGCGAGCCCGACCUCCAGCUGCUCAAGGGCAUCAACGGCUACGCUCUUCCCGGUACGAUCACGGCGCUCAUGGGCUCGUCCGGCGCGGGCAAGACCACCUUGAUGGAUGUCAUUGCCGGUCGCAAGACGGGCGGCAAGAUCGAAGGCAACAUUCUCCUCAACGGGUACCCGGCCACGGACCUCGCGAUGCGCCGUGCGACGGGCUACUGCGAGCAGAUGGACAUCCACAGCGAGAGCGCGACGUUCCGCGAGGCGUUCCAGUUCAGCGCGAUGCUCCGCCAGUCGGACGAGAUCCCGACCGAAGAGAAGAUGGCGUUUGCGGAAGAGUGCUUGGAGCUCCUUGACAUGAAGAACCUCGGCGACAAGAUCAUUCGUGGCGCCUCGGUCGAGCAGAUGAAGCGUCUGACGAUCGGUGUCGAGCUCGCAGCGGCGCCAACGAUGCUCUUCCUCGACGAGCCGACGUCCGGUCUUGACGCUCGCUCGGCCAAGAUCAUCAUGACGGGCAUUCGCAAGAUCGCGUCGACGGGCCGCACGGUCGUCUGCACGAUCCACCAGCCGUCGACCGAAGUGUUUGAGAUGUUUGACUCGCUCCUCCUCCUCAAGCGCGGUGGCGAGACCGUCUUCUUUGGCGACCUCGGUACGCACGCCAUCAACAUGAUCAACUACUUCAAGUCGAUUCCCAACACGCCGCCACUCAUCGAGGGCGCCAACCCGGCGACAUGGAUGCUCGAGGUCAUUGGCGCGGGUGUCGAGGCCAAGCACACGGACCUCCCGCCCAACGACUAUGUCCGCAUCUUCAACGACUCGUCUGAGCGCUCGUACAUGGACAAGGAGCUCGUCCACCAUAAGCAGCCGCACCCGACGUUGCCCGAGCUCACGUUUGCCAACAAGCGCGCGGCGUCGUCGUCGACGCAGUUCAAGAUGGUCACACAGCGCUUCUUCCGCAUGUACUGGCGCACGCCCACCUACAACUUCACUCGUGGCAUGAUGUCACUCGUGCUCGCCAUCCUCUUUGGUCUCGUAUACCGUGGUGUCGACUACACGACGUACAUUGGCGCGACCGGUGGCGUCGGCAUGGUGUUCAUGACGUCGCUCUUUGUCGGUUUGAUCUCGUUCAACAGUGUCCUCCCGCUCGCCUCGGAGGAGCGCAACUCGUUCUACCGCGAGCGCGCUUCGCAGACGUACAACGCGCUCUGGUACUUUGUCGGCUCGACGCUCGUGGAGAUCCCAUACUGCGUGGUCUCGACCUUCGUCUUCACGAUCAUCUACUACCCGUUCGUCGGUUUGAACGAGUCGGUCGGCGCGUGUCUCUUCUACGGCCUCAACCUCUCGCUCCUCGUCUUGAUGAACGUCUACUUUGGCCAGCUCAUGUCGUACUGCAUGCCCCGCGUCGACGUCGCCGCGCUCAUGGGCGUCCUCCUCAACUCGAUCUUCUUCCUCUUCAUGGGCUACAACCCGCCCGCGUCGCAGAUCCCGUCGGGCUAUCGCUGGCUGUACCACAUCACGCCGCCCAAGUACUCGGUCGCGCUUCUCGUCGCUGAGACGUUUGCCAAGUGCACGGACGGUACCCAGCUCGGUUGCCAGAUCAUGCCUGAAGACGGCGUCCCCCCGAGCCUCUUUGCCGAGUUUGGCACCAAGAAGAUUCGCGUCAAGGACUACGUCGAGAAGGUCUACGAGAUGAACUACGACGACCGGUGGUCCAACUUUUUCGCGGUCAUCGGCUUCAUUUUGCUCUGGCGCAUCCUCGCGCUCCUCGCGCUGCGCUACAUCAACCACCAAAAGAGAUAAGCAGUGACUGCUCGUGAAUACAUUUAUCCUGUACGUGAUUUCCACGGUGUGUACGGUGCCAUCACCACGCCAAAGAGGCGCUACGCAAGCAAAUUAGAUCACGUUGGGAAG